UGCAGCAGCCAUUUAGUGAAAUAUGUAUUAAUAGAGUCAGUGAGUUGUGGAAUAAUGUGCUGUGAGUUUAAAUGUUAGAAGAGGAAGUCGACUUUCAGACAUUUUGUCCUUCAAGAGUGUUUCUGAGCCAAAGGCUGAUUUCAGUUGAUGUGCAGAUGAAUGAUUUGUGUUUCCUCUCCAGAUGAAAGUGUGUGUGAGAUGAGCAGCAUGAAUCAGUGUGAGGACAGAGAGGAGGGAGGCCCUCCCUCUAAAACCACUGGACCUGGACCAGGACCUGAACCUGAGCCCAGCUGUGUGUCCUUCAAGAGUGACCGGUCAAUGGGUCGUCGAUCAUCAGACAGAAAGAGACCAGCCGCUGCUGAGCCUGAAGCUGAGCCUGAAGCUGAGCCUGAACCCAGCUGUGUUUCCUUCAGGAGUGACCGGUCAAAGGAUUUUUAUAUUGAUUUUAAACGACAGCGUUUAGCUGACAAAAAAGUCGACCAGGAGAGCUCAGAGGUUCCCAGAGGUCCGUCUGUCCAGCAGCAUCAGACACACCUGGACUCCAUAUUUAUGCUGCUGGAGGAGAACAUUGUCACUUUUGUGAAGAACGAGCUGAAGAAGGUCCAGAAGGUUCUGAGUUCAGAUUACCCAGAAUGCUCAGAGAGUCAGAGGGAGGAUGAGGAGGUGUUGGACGGUGAGGAUGAAGAGCAGAGGAGGAGCAGCAGAGAGGCAUUUCUGAAGAUCACACUUGACUUCCUGAGGAGAAUGAAGCAGGAGGAGCUGGCUGACUGUCUGCAGAGCAGUAAGAGGAUUUCUUAGAUUAAUUUGACACAUAAAUGAAAGACUGUGGACCAUCUGCCCUUUGCCCUUUUUUGUUUCUUCUGUUUCCAAUCAAAUGCGAUAGAACAUGGAUUAGAGAUAUAAUAUGUAGGGUCUUCCUGAGAAACUAUUAAUUGACAGUAGAAUCAGUAGAAAUGUAAGUCUAUAACUGCUAUUCAAUAUUUUGUGAAGAUUCUUUACAUAAUCAGCCAUAACAUCAAAACUACCUACUUAAUACCUACUUAAACAGCUUGGCAUCUGGGGAAUUUGGAGGACCACUCAACUCCUUUGGUUCUCUGUCCUGUCCCUGGAGCCGUUCCUGAGCAGUUUUUGUGGUGUGUCAGGGCUCAUUGUCCUGAGGGGGGCCGCUGCCAUUGGUCAGUGCUGUCGCCAUGACGGGGCGUACUUGGUCCACAAAGAUGUUUGGAUGUGUGGUGUGAGUUUUUAAACAUGUGCGCUGGUGUCCAAAAGACAAAUGGGAGAUACCCCGUGCACAGCAGUGCUUCUCUUUUGGGUGCAGCCAGUACAGGGCAAGUCAGAGUAGAUCAAAUAUAUUAAUAAUCUACUAAUACUUUUCUGGGGAGGUACACAUCAGGCUAUGGCACAGGACAUGCACUUAUGCAGUUGCUUCACUGUAGGUGUGGCAUCAAUUUCACACAGAAGCAUAAAUCAUGCUUUGAUCACAAAAGUUAAAAAGUAAUCCUUGAACUCUUCUCGGUAAACAGCUCCUGAUCAGAGCAGAAUCUCAUGUGACCCUGGUUGCUUCUUCCUCCAGAAGGUCUGGCCACACUCAACUAUUCAGAGGCUUGGUCUGAGCUGCGGCUCUGCCCCUCCCUACACAACAUUUGGCAAAGCAUUUUAAUCUUUUAAUACUUUUAUCUUAUCUAAAUGUUUUAUUUAACCCUUGAGUCAGCAGUCAGCAUUACAAAACAAACACCUGACAAGUUGUGGCACCUCUGUGGAUCACUGCUGCAGUCAAGUUGAUGAACAGGAGUAAAGAUAAGUCCACUUUUUAAUCCUAAAAGUUUUCCAGAGUGGUCCAGCCUUGAGCAGCUGAGCAACAGCUGCCCAACUUCACUUACCUGGCCCUCCCCAUGCAAAACCCUGAGACAAACACAUUUUUUGCUAAAAGUUGAAUAUUUCAGCUCACGUAAACACACAAAAUUGUGUGGCUUUGCACUGACCUUGUCUUCAGUGAUAACUCACCAUUACAAAGGGACUCACUAUCCCGUAGUCAGUCAAGCUGUCAGUCAGGUUUGCAAAGUUUCUGUUGGCUAAACAGGCAACUCCUUGAAGAAAUUAAGUUAAGCUUGUGUAUAUUACUCAUAUUUAUCUUCAUUAUGGACAUUUAUCUACUUCAUGCCUUUUGUUGUUUUCUUUUUCUUUUAUAUUUCUUUGAGAGAAUGCUCAAUGGUGUAACUUUUAC